AUGCAAGGUGCAAAAGUGUUAUAUAAAGGUAGUGAUAACGAAUCUUCUGACAGUGACAUAAUUAUGCCAGUCGCAAAGCGUGUAAGGCGCAUGAUUAUAGAUGAGAGUAGUGAAGAAGAAAGUACGACACGACAAGCAUGGAUUUGGCAAGAAGUACCAAACACACCGAUAAUUUGGAAGUAUUCCGAAAAUCAUGGAAUAGAAGCGUCUGUCUUAAAUAAUUUAAGUGCCAAUCCAAGAAUACUAGACCUAUUCUUCAUUACAUUUGAUAAUAAGUUUUGGGAAAUCCUGGUUACGGAAACAAAUCGCUUCGCAGAUCAAACUCUACACGACGAACGUAAAAAACGGUAUGUCGACGACACUUGGUAUUCUGUCACUUCAGACGAAAUCAAGGCCUAUUAUGCACUCUGUAUAUUAAUGGGUCAAGUAAAGAAAUCAAAUAUUCAACUUUAUUGGACUAGAAGAGGUGUAUUAGAAACGCCAAUAUUUAGGCAAACGAUGCCUUUUAAAAGAUUUCGACAAAUUUCGAGAUUUUUACAUUUCUCCGAUAAUGAAACUGAUAAUAGUAAAGACCGACUUCGCAAGAUAAGACCUGUAAUUAAUUUUUGGAAUCAAAAAUUUAAAGAAAUUUACACACCGAGUGAAUAUGUUAGCAUAGAUGAAUCCCUUAUGAAAUAUAAGGGGCGUUUAGCGUACAAAGAGAGGACUCAGAGGACGAACAUCAGUGUGGUCUGUUUAGCGCGCGUCGAUGUGUACCGCUUGGGCCCGAGUUUCGUCGAGCUAAAUGGCACGGGAAGGGGUUAA